AUGCUGCUCUGGAUCUUGGAAGCAUUUGCACCGGAGGAAGACAUCGGAAUCCCAAGACCACCUCAAGACCAAGUUGCUUGUGAAUACACGCUGGAAGUGAUUUGGUUGAAUCAAUUGGUGGUAGAAGAUGGAGAACUAAAGAAUGUGAGAACGGGUCCCAUAUUACCUCAUUCCAUGGAACGCUACAAGAGUUACCCCGACAAUUCUCUACAGGUACACAAGUUGGGCGAUUCAUCCUGUGUGGAAGAGGAUGAUGUGGGCGUUGUAUCACAGCAAGUCUGUCAAAGUGUCAUUUUUCAUGUUAGUAACAUUCAUGAGCAGCAGCAGCAACAGCACCAACAAUCUGACAUCAAGAAGGAACCUACCAACAUCUUUUUCGUAUCCCCCGACUUCCAAGGCACUACUGCCAAUCACAAUCCCACUCUGGUCAAGGCAUUGAUUGGGAACAAAAAAGGCAACAAGGACAACCCUGCCACACUCCAUUUACACAACCUCAGUGGACGAGAUAUCGACUUGUUUUGGGUCAAUACAUUUGAUAAAAGUCUAGUACCCAUGGCCGAUGCACCCAUUCGGCCCAAUGAACCCAAUAUACAAUUCCCCGUCACGGUAUUUCAUCAAUUUCGAAUAGUGCCCGCCGCGUGUGACCAACAACAGCAGCAAUGUACAGAGGAUCGGCGAGGAUAUUUUCGUGUCACGGAUCGAGAAAUUGAGGUGACGGUCACUACGGACUUUGACCUGAGUGUCGAAGAAAAGGUCCGACACGGCAACAAUCACUCCCAAAUGGAUCAAUUUGUCUACCAGCCCGGCACGGAUUUGUACCAGCAAUGUCACGACUAUCUAGCCACUUCUUCGUCGACUACUUCUCCGUCAGCCAUGGUUUCACGUAUUGAAAACUGCGUCACGCAUCACUUUGACAGUGUCCAGGACUGGUCCUUUACAGGCGGUUACAGUCGACCUCCUCGACUCAGUACCUAUCUGGAUGUCAAAUUGGAAGACUACGUGUGUCACCAACCUCUCAUGACCACCAGUCUGCCCAUUUCCGUGGAGGAGAUAGAAUUGAAUAACAACAAUCAUCAUCAUCAGCGUGUCAUGGUACUGCACCAAACGCCAUCGAGUCAAAUUCAUUUGAUUCCCAACUUUGUCACGGCACAAGAAUGUGUGGCCAUGAACGACAUGGCCAAUGCCAGUAACGAUAAUUGGGAUGCCACCAAAACAUCCGAUGGAAGAGGCGGCCAUCGUCCCAAUCGCAUUCGAAAGGCUACCAUUGCGCGUGUCGAUAUCCCCUGGGAUGACAACGACAAUGAGGAAGAAGACGACACGGUAUUCAUGUUGCAAGAAACAAGACAACGCAUUUUUGAUUAUAUGCAUCAUGUACAUCCCGACUUGGGUGUUACCAGCCCGGCGGGGCAAGAACCUCUCAUGGCCAUACGGUAUCAAGGGAGGGGCAAAGACGAACCGUAUCCCGAUCAAUACAAGUCCCAUUGCGAUGCGGAUUGUUCCGGGCAACCCAUUCAAAAGGGACAGCGAGUUGCCACGAUGGUCAUGUACUGCAAAACUGCCAGGGAUGGAGGAAGCACCAACUUUCGUCAUGCCCGAGUCCAUAUCAAGCCUCAACCUGGCAUGGCGGUUUUCUUCAGCUACAUCAACGUGGAAACCAUGGAAGCUGAUGCUGGUAAUACCAUUCAUGCGGGGUGUCCCGUCUAUGAAGGGACGAAACAAAUUGUGACGCAGUGGAUUCGAUAUGGCGUCGAUGCGGAACAUCCCUACUCGGAAUUUGGACUUUGA